AUGGAAAAUGAGACAAUAUCAUCACACUUUUAUUUCACAUUAUUUAAGGGUUCUGAAAACGUUAGAAUAAUUUAUUUUCUGUUAACAGUGAUAGUGUAUCUUAUCAUUAUACUGUUCAAUCUAAGUAUCAUACUGGUUGUUUUCAAGGAAAAGUCCCUUCAUGAGCCAAUGUAUCUUUUAAUUUCUUGUUUGCUGUUAAAUUCUCUGUAUGGCAGCUCUGCUCUUUUCCCAAGACUCUCUGUUGAUCUUCUAUCUAAGACUCACUCUAUUUCCCGUCCUGCAUGUUUCACACAGAUAUUUGUUAUCUACACGUAUGCAAUAUCCGAAUACACAGUAUUAACUAUUAUGGCAUAUGACAGAUAUGUAGCGAUAUGCGAACCACUGCAAUAUCAUAACAUAAUGACACAAAAGAGAACAUAUCUGCUUAUUCUCAGUGCAUUUUCCUGGUCAAUCUUUUGGAUGGCCCUUGUCAUUUAUUUUUCUAUAAGGUUACCUCUGUGUGGCAGUGAAAUACCAAGAGUAUAUUGCUCAAAUUGGUCCGUAGUAAGACUUUCUUGUGUGACAACAGUCAGUAAUAAUAUUUUGGGAUUUUUUGUUACUGUAACUACAGUUUUCCUACCAGCGGGUUUCAUAUUGUUCACAUACAUUAGGAUUCUCAUUGUCUGUCACAGAAGUACAUCAGAAAUUAGAGGUAAAGCACUGCAAACGUGCUUGCCUCACAUUGUAAAUUUUGUAACCUACUCAUUAGCAUCAUUUUCUGAUAUAGCACUUAGUCGUUAUGAACCUGGCGAAAUUAUGAGUGCUAUAGCUUUGAUGAUUUCCCUGGAAUUUAUUGUGAUUCCUCCAUUACUAAAUCCUCUGAUAUAUGGCCUAAAUUUACCAGAUAUACGUAGGAAAAUUCAGAGUCUGGUUGUUUCUUCAAAAUUAUUUUAA